CAUGCCACUCUACUAAUGAAGUUUAGGAUGAGUGCUUCUAUGGCUCAGAAAGAAAUUAUAAAAGGUUUGAGAAAAGAGGCCUUUGAUCCAGUAGCUACACCUCCUACAGCAGAUAUGAAAGCUGUUAACACCAUUCUGGUCCUUCUGGCGCUACUAGUAACAGUCCUCUCCCAACCCUACAGAGGUUUCGGAGGAGGUUACGGCGGAGGCUACGGUGGAGGCUAUGGCGGAGGAUACGGCGGAGGCUACGGUGGAGGCUAUGGAGGAGGCUAUGGUGGAGGCUAUGGUGGUGGUUAUGGAGGCUAUGGCAGCUACGGGAACAGUCGCGGUUAUGGUGGAUAUGCUGGAGCAGGCAGAUAUGUCGCGGUCAACCCAGGGGCUAUACAUAUAGCGUAGGCUGACUGUUCGCGAGCUGCACCUUCAGAAGAUGUAGAAAUGAUGAAAAA